CAGAGCGGUGAGCUGGAAUGAUCAGAUUUUCUAGAGUGCAAUUAUCAAACUCUGCAAUUGAACACAUUACAGAGAGGACUGCAGCUGAACAAGGAGGAGGCCUUUAGGACACACUCAUGCGCAGGACAUCAUCCUCCCACUGAGUCAGAGAACAAUCAGUCUACAGAGAUAAAUGCCAGAUUCUCCUCCUUCCAGCCUCACACUGCACUCUGUCAAUGCUGUGACUGGACAAACAGGAUAAAAACCAAACAAAAAGAUUUAAAUAUUAAUCCAACGGCUGAAACAAGAAGAGUGCCAGUUCCCUCCCAAACGCAGAUGAGACAGCAGAGGCGAUGAUGAAGCCGGUGGUCACCAGCGAAGCUUCAGCAGGGUGGGCUGGAUGAAGAGGCUACUAUGGCUCAGAUCCAGUCAGUGUGGGGGCGUCCACAUGGACACGGAGCCCGGAGUGUGGCUGAGGAGCUUCCAGUUGCUGGAUACAGAUGGACAACAUGAGGAACCGGUGCAGGAAUGGGGGGAGGAAGAGGAGGACGGGGCCAUUUUUGGUAUCACCCUACGACGGGAGCCUGCCCUGUCGGGCUCGGGCUCCCCUGAUUUCUCUCCGGCCUUUGGCGGCGUCCAGUACCACACUGUGAAGGUUCGCAGGCUAAAGGCCGCCACCCUGGAGCGGCUGGUCUCCCACCUGUUGGACCCAGAACGCCGGGAGCCCGACUUCAUCCAUGUGUUCCUGUCCACAUACAGGGCCUUCACCUCCGCUAGCUCCUUCAUAGAACUGCUGUUUCAGAGAGAUGAAUCCCUCUCCAACCUGGAUAAUGCUGUCAGCCUGCACAGUCCUGCGCUCCCGGUGGUCCGGCUUUGGCUUGAGGAAUACAGCAGCGACUUCCAGGAACCUCCUCAGUACCCGGCCCUCCGCCUCCUGUGUUCCCACCUACGCCGUCGCCUUUGCUUCAGGCGUUUGUUUCAGACUGCUGAAGCUUUGCUCAAAAGACUACAGGCACAAGAUUCCAGCCGCUCUGUGUCUGAAAACCAAAUGGAAUCACAGCAGUGCAGUCCUCAGAGUGAUGAAGAAUUGACUUCUAAACAAGACAAACCAAACUUUAUGGACUUCCCUGCUGUAGACGUAGCAGAGCAGCUCACCAGACUGGAUGCUGAACUGUUUGUGAAGGUGGAGCCCUUCCACUGCCUAGGCUGCAUCUGGUCCCAGCGUGACAAGAAGCAAAACCGGAAUCUGGCGCCGACGGUCCGAGCCACCAUUUGCCAGUUUAACGCCGUCACCAACUGUGUAAUCACUUCCCUCCUCUGCCCGUCCUCACCAAGCCCAUCCCUUUCCUCCCCCUUCUCAUCCCCAUCUUCAACCUCUACCUUCCUGUACCCGUCUUCGACCCCCGGCUCCCCUCACUGCUCACGUUUUGGCCCGGUUCACAGGGCGCACAUCAUCGAGUGGUGGAUCACCGUCGCACAGGAGUGCAGGCGGUUAAAGAACUUCUCCUCUUUGAAAGCCAUCCUCUCUGCUCUGCAGUCCAACGCUGUUUAUCGACUCAAAAAGACGUGGGCUGCUGUCAGCAGGGAAAGUAUGACAGUCUUUGAUCACCUGUGUGAGACGUUUCCUGAUGAGAACUGUGUCCUCACCAACAGAGAGGUUCUGGUUGAGAGCUUGAGCUGUGGUAUCGUGCCGUACCUGGGAACGUACCUGACGGUCCUCACCAUGUUGGACACGGCGCUGACUGACACUGUGGAGGGUUGCCUCAUCAACUUUGAGAAACGUAGACGGGAGUAUGAGAUCCUCUCACAGAUUAAACAGCUGCAGGGUUUCUGCUCCCAUUAUCGUCUCUCUGUAAACUCUUGCAUCACAGCCUGGCUCCAGGCUCAAACUCUGCUCACAGACCAGGAGAGCUAUGAGCUGUCUCGUGAACUGGAGCCUCCUGUUGAUCCUUGCCCCAACUCUCCCAACUCCAGGAGUGGGCGUCUACUGGCUACUAAGCUCGCCUCGUUGCGAACAUCCCACUCUGACCAGAUUAGUGUUUCAUCAUCUGGUUCCAGUGGUUCAGACCUGGAGGACCUCUCCAUCCCUCAGCCUUCCCCCUUCAGGCUCAAACUCAAGUCUCUCCCAGGUUCUCUUCACAAUGUGGCGGAGGACUUCUCUAUGUCCUCCUCAUCCUCACCGAGCCUCUCUGGCUCAUCCUGCAGCUCCUCGCACCCGGACCUCAGCUCGCCUUCUCUGACGCUAAGCCCCGAUUCAUCGCAAUCCACCUGUUCUCCUCAGGGGACACUCCCCCUCUACAACAAACAGAUCGCAGACUCCUGUAUCAUCAGGGUCACGGUGGAGUGUGUCAGCAAUGGAAACAUAUACAAGAGCAUUCUGCUGACUAGCCAGGACCACACCCCGCAGGUCAUUCAGAGAGCUCUGGAGAAGCACAACAUGGAGGACUUCAGGAGCAGCGACUUUGGUCUUUACCAGUUACUUAACCAUGGAAGAGAGCUUCACAUACCUGACAACGCCAAUGUAUUCUACGCUAUGUGCACUUCGGCCAACUACGACUUUGUCCUGCGGCAGCGCUGGAGGAGCCAUGGGAGACAGUUUGGCUCCUUCUCCAGCCCUGGGGCCCGGCCCAGGGGCCGCCAUAUCAAAUAAACAGCGAGCUUCUGCACAGGAUAAAUAGUUGCCAGCAAAACUGCAUCAAAAUACCUUGACUGAAGAAUAACUUGGAGGUAUUCUUACUGAAAGAGGAGCUGCUCUGCCAAGGCAUGAUGUUAUCAGCAUCCUGGACUGUAAAAGGGCGCCCCCUGGAGGAAAUGAUCAGCAGUCACUGCCAGGGUUUCUCUCCAGGGCUGAGUUUGACCUAUCGGUGGAAACUGCUAAGGGCCGCAGUGUGGCUACACAAGGAUUUUGCGCUCAACAUUGAAAAAAGUAAUGAGAGCUGCUGACAUUUACUGACAGUUAAGAAACAAGAGCAUGUUGGAGGACAUUAAAACACUCCUUGGUUUCCAUCCUGUUGUCUUCAAACACACAAACAUUGUCCUUAUAAUCACUUAAGAAUAUGCACAUGUAUUCAUGUUAAAAAUUGUAAUAUUAUAUAAAAACUAAAUGUUAUUUUAACUGCUUAAAUUAUUUAAUGCACUUCAGUAUUCACCUGUCUGGUGGUAUAACAAGGAAUGUUGGUAUUUGAGCCUGUAUCUUUAUUCCUUGAAAUUGUUUGUUCAAGGUCUCAGUGAUGAUUGCUGACAGGAUCUAACCACUGAGUGGAAAGACUGUUCUCCUGCUGCAGGAUAGUGUCUUCUCAUUAUUAGUUACUCUGUGCUUUUAAAAUGCUUUCUGCAAAACCACAGUUAUGAAGGAUUUCCAAAUUGAUUUGUAGAAGUAUGCAAAUGUGUCCCAGCCUGUCCACAAAGUGCGCUUUGGGUCUAGACGGCAGCUAUUUAUCGACUGCCUGUAUGUCUGUUGUUCAGUAUUGGAUCAGCUAACAAAGCCCUGGAUUACAUGAUGGAGAGGUUUUAUUGACUAAAUGUUCAAGACUGUAGUAAAACUUUGAUUUAACUCAGUUCUCAUUAGCUUAAUCCAAGGUUGUUGUUGUUGUUUUUUUCACUUUUAAAGGAAAAUGUUUAAAUGCACUGUUGUGGUUAAAUGAAGGAACAUCCUGCAUAUUUCAAGUUACAUAAGAAGCUACUGGUCAUUUGAAGGAUGCACAGUUUGACCACAACCUGCUUCCCUGUGAUUGCUCUGAAGGAUUGUAACCUGAGGAAUGUUUGCAUCGACGGCUUCAGUUUGAAAAACUGCUGCAGUCUGAAGAAAUCGGAUGAAUCUUUGAGAACUUGAUAAGCUGAAACCUGCAGUGAAGAACAAAUCUCAAUGAACUUCUGCUGUUUGUUCUUCCAUCUGUCAUGCAGUAUUAUCAUUAUGCAUUUGACUUACACAUAAUGUCACUUUAUAAACGUUUGUUUUUAUUGUUUUUUUAAGAGGUGUUUUAUUUUUGUUUAAGCGCAUAAUGUAUAUAUUUAGUAUUAAUUAUUCACUAAUAAAGCAAGAC